ACUGAUCUUGGAAAGAGCCGAAGAUGUCGGCUCGGUCAUGUGAUCAGGUGUGUCCAAUCACAGCUGAUCACAUGGCACUGAUGAUCAGUGUGCCCUGAUGAUCAGUGUAGCCCCAGCAGUGCACCUGUCAAAGUCCAUCAGUGCCACGUGCCAGUGCCUAUCAGUGCCACAUCAAUGCUACAUAUCAGUGCAUACCAGUGCACACCAAUGCCACAUAUCAGUGCCCAUCUGAGCUGCCUUUCAUUGUCAUCCAUCAGUGCCAGUCAGUGCCACCUAUCAAUGCCAAUCAGUGCUGCCAAUCAGUGCCGCCUAUCAGUGCCAGUCAGUGCCGCCUAUCAGUGUGCAUCAGUG